UUUUUCUCAUGAAACUUGUAGAGACACUUUUUGAGAUUAUUCAGAAGUAAUAUCAAGUAACCAUGGAGUUUGGAGUGCAUAUCAUUUUGAGUUUGGUUUUUAGACUUAGUAUAUUAACUCAUCUAGUCAUCUCCAAGACACUUCUAAACAAUGGUAAAACAUAUCCAAAUCCUCGGAUUAUCAUCAUUGGAGCCACAGGAGUGGGCAAGUCGAGUUUAGCUAACGUUCUGUUAGGGCGUGAUAAGAACUUUGAUGGAGACAAUGAUAUUCACAAUUGUUUCACGGUCAUGGGUUUGACCAACCAUCAAAGCUCAGUGACCAAGAAGACUUGUCCAGAUACGGGAUACUGGCUCGGAAAUACGAAUAAUUCGAAAGUAACGAUUAUUGACACUCCUGGUUUUGGUAAUGACCUUCUGGAAGAGGAACAAACCAUCAACGACUUAGUGACCGUGCUCAAGGACGAUAUCAAGUAUGUUCAUGCCUUUGUGAUAGCUUUCAAACAGCAAGAUAACCGGAUGAGUGCCGCCCUUCGGAGUAUGAUCAGUCUCUUCCAAAAGAUGUUUGGCGAUCAUUUCUGGAGCAACGUCAUUCUUGAGGCCACUCAUUGGAACUUCCAUCAACGAAGCCAAGAACUCCGAGAGCAAUCAGUUCCAAGCUUGACGACGGAACAUUGGAAAUCAGAAUUCAAUAAACUAAUGGCUGACGCAUAUGGCGUUCAAAUCGAGAUCCCCGCUGUGUUCAUCGACACUUUCUACGACCCCAGUCAUGAAAUUGAGCGGAAAAUGUACCAAAAAUACACUCAAGAGCUUUGGAACUUUGCCAAUUCUGUCGAUCCCUUUGUCUGCAAAGACAUCAAGGUGGCCCUCACUGAGAUUAGAGAGUUAAAGCUGCACCUAGAAGCAAAGCAAAACGAAACCAUCGUCCUAGGCGGCGAACUGAAUGUGAUGAAGGCGGAGUCAGAAUCACUUCAUAGACUAAUUACAAAUUUGACUAAGCUUCACCUUGAACCAAAUACUUCAAAGGCAAUGGAGGUGCAAGAGGCAUACUGCAAAAACAAUCGGUGUUAUAAAUCACUCACAGUGGGUAUGAUAGCCACUGCUGUGGCGUUCUUGGGUCUCUUUUUGGGCGUUAUGGGUGUGGUUUGUUAUAGGGCCAAUUGCAUUCCACAUAGUCUGUCUCCUCGAGGUCCAGAGGAAACAAAUUUGAUCACGCUAAGCUCUCACAAUCAAUCCGAUGGCAAUAAAUCAAGUGAAUCAAUAAAUAGGUCGGUGGAGACCCAAAUGUCAACGAUCAAAGAGUGACGCAAUGGAUGAUUUGAAUGGAUUUUCUCACUUUUAUGUUGAGUACUCCAAGCAAAAGGUUUUCAUUGCAAAAAAUGUUUUUCGAAAAUUCGAAAGAAGUGUUUUCUCGUUUUUCAGAAAAUCUGUCAGCUCCAAAAAACCCAAAAAUUGUCGCUCUGCAUUUUGAAAUUUCUGCCCUUUUCCCAGCAAAAUUUUCGUAUUUGGAAAAUAUGUAAAAAUUUAUAACUGCGAUAGUUUCGAUCCAAGCCCCUUAUUAGGGAUACCUCUCGGUACCGAUUACAAUUACCCUAUUGAAUUUUAAGACGGUACAUUUAUCUUUCCAUGCAGGAAGACUUGUUGGCCUGAAUAAGCUUGAAAAAGCACAAAGCUCAGAUUCCGAAAGGUGACAAUUUAUGUUUUCUGAAAGGAUAUUUUAGUGUCCAAGUUUAACAUCGUACGAAGCAAACCAGAUGCUGGGGUGUGUCCGGACUCGAGUCACAGUGCACUCCACGCCUUUACUCGAUUUUGGAGAAAUUGGCCGGAAUCGUCCACAUUUUCUUUUUAAAUUUUUUCCUUGAAUUUUGCAAGAAGAGCCUAUUUGGUAGGACUGACUGUAGUAAAAUACUGUAGUCCGGCAAAAAGUAAAAAAUCAGAGGACUCGCCCCAGCAAUAAUAAAUACUCUUUCAUCUACUCCGGCCCAUUUCUUGGUUUUCAGUUUUGCUUUUUUUCAAGUAAAACUUAGUCUACAUCCAAUUGUAUACCAUUAUAUGUAUUGUGCAUAAAUUAUAUGAAUAUUUGUUACGAACGUACAUCAAUUGCAGUAUUCAUCUUAUCCUGCCAUUGCGAUGCAUUUGCCACACCUGAUUUGUACGUUACCUCGUCAGACCUUGUGAAAUACUUGAUUUAUUUAUUUCUAUAAAAAUGACCUAGGGUAAAAAGCAAUGAUCAACCAAUGAUUGAAUAAUUAGUGAUCCCUUUUGCAAAUGUUUGAAAUUCCUCUUGCAAAGUAGCUUUUAUUGUAGAGUAAUUGAGAACUUGAACUUUCCUUUGAAACAGAACUACCAGAAUGCUGAAAGAGAUAAUUGCAUCAUCCUUUCAAACAAUUAUAUUCCUUUGCAAUCGAGUAAGAUUAAUAUGUUUAAUUUGAUAUGCAGAUUUUAUGAAUUAUUGUUUAUUUCUGUUAACAGUUGUGCCGAGGAAUUUACCCUGACAUAGCUCUUACUUGUUUAUAACAUAUUGCUACAUUAAUUUUGUUAUCUACCUUUCUCUUAAUUGGUAACACACUUCAGUUUCCUCAUCAAUCGCACUUGCAUGUUUGUACUUGAAGACAUGUACGUAAUUCGACCCGAAGAAUUGAAAGAAUGUUUUGCCAUGGAUGGCAAAUAUGAAUAGAGCUAAUACAAUAUUUUUCCAUAACGCUUGUGCCUUCAUUUCUCCUUCAUUUCUAACAUUUCUAUAACCUUAAGAGAAAUGCGUAGACGCGUAACAUUUUCAAAGAUCAGUGUUUUUCUACUUAUCAUUUUUGGUGCCUAUUUAGUUAAACAGACCUCACUUGCAAAUAGGGUAAUGCAUUGCCCAAGCUGCACUCCCCUCGACUCAUUCCAAGAUGUUGCCUACGUCUUAAUUGAAUAUGGAAAUGUUUUCAUAGAUAUGAGGUUUAUCAUUUUAAGAAAUGUCAAGUCAAAGACAGCUAUGUGUCCUUAUCACUCUAGCGAACGUUCCUUUCUCUUUCUUGUCUUUCCCAUUCAUUUUCGAACUUCACCGACUCAUUUGGGUGCUCACUCACAACUUUGAUGACUCGGUUGGAAAAUGAUUUUCAGGCCAUGUCUCAAGGGAGAAAUCAAUACAAGGAGUAACCGGAAAUACGGUAAGAGCAAAGAUGGUUCUAAUUUGGCACAACAGCCUUUGUUUAAUCAAUACCCACUUAUCCAUACACGGGCACAAGCAGGAGAUAUAUCAUUCUAGAGUUUGCACUCUUCGCGAGACCCCUUCAGUGACCUUCAGUGGUCCACGAGGAAAAUACGAAUGUUAUCUGACUAGCGAGAGGGGUAAAAACGAAUGCUUAGUUUUAAGGAUUUAUCAUAAUCGUACCAAUUGGUUGUUGCAUGGGCCCAUCAAUGUCCGUUUAUAUUGAGCAAUCGGGGCAGCUCUUCUUCGUUGUACACAAGUUGUUCCACUCUCAUUGCGUUCCCAUUCCUUUCAAGAAGGGUGACAGAGAGAGUGGAUUUCAUCGCAACUUUGGACUGAAUCCGAUCGUCGUGAUCUGAGAUCAAUUGGACCCUGGUUGGAGCAACUUUGCUUAGGUGUAAAAUCAAUUUGAUAUCUCAAUCUAUUUGCCAGAGUAGUCACAGAUCUUUGGUGGACCUCCCCCCCUUAUGUCUGCGUGUUUUGCUUGCAAAUACCGACCGACCUUGUUGGAACUGCCCUGAAGUCCCAGUCGACGUUCCAUGUUCCAACUUAGUUAGUAGGUCAUCUGUUGCUGAUAAGCCAAGAAACAAGUUCAAAAAAACGGGAAAAUUGGCAUCGGUCCUCCUUGUGAAGACGCAAAAAUCUCGCUGGUUAUCUUGAGGACAAAAUGUGAGUUGUCAAAACGAACAGUGGUGACCUUCAGCUCAACUUCUGACACCUUCAGGCUUCCCUCUCCUUGUUCCCUUGCUCCUUGGACCUUGGAACGUGUGCGAUGAAGGAAAUCCUGGAAUUCUCUAGAGAAUUUGAAAGUGACUUUAAGACGAAUUGGAUGGUUUGAAGGUGCUGAAAGGUUUUCCGGACUAAUCUCCUUGAGCCUUCUGUCGUCCACCACUCAUCGGACCACGAGGAUCAACUUUCGGGUGAAGGCCAAUCACCCAAGUCCACUUUUGAAUGCUAAAUUCGAGCUUUGAGAGCCACUACGCACAACCUCGCCCAUUCUUGCGCUCUGCAACACCAUGGCCACGAGCGAACUUCCCAUCACUCAUGACUUGGACGAGAUCCUCCGACGAAUCUCAGAUAUCAAGCACAUUGCCGGAGUGGUGGUGGUCAACAAAGAGGGGGUCACGGUCAAAUCCACCCUGGAUAACUCUCUCACUGCAAUGUACUCCGUUUUGGUAUCGUCGUUGGCCACACGUGCCAAAUCCAUUAUUCGUGAUUUGGAUCCCACCAACGAGUUGACUUACCUGAGGAUCAAGAGCAAAAAGCAUGAAGUUCUGGUUGCGCCAGAUGAAGAAUACAUUCUGAUUGUGGUCCAAAACCCACCGGAACCACUCAACUCUUGAAAAUACCAAGACUUUUUGAUUCGAAUAAGAGUGUGAUGAAAAAAGGCCGUUUUAUUUGUCCAAAAGACGAGUUAGGAACUUCUGUAGUGUGGUAUUGUUCAUUUCGGUAAAUUUCGAUGAAGAUUACAUGGCUUUUUGGCACUCAGUGCUAUUUUCUGCACCUACUUGAGCCAUAAGGUUCCGAUACAUGAAUAGCCCGUGUCAGUUCUAAGACCAAUAUGCAGAAAAAUGCUAGAAGUACAUGAAUCAGUAAAAUGUUAGCUUUUUUCUAUGACCUUCUGUUAUUGGUGGCUAAAAUUGUUUUAACAAAGAAUGAAGACAUUGGUUGUCGACGUCCAUGACUGACUUUAGCCUUAUUGCAUUUGUGAAUUACUUUGAAAUAAUGCUACUUGGCGUUGAUCAAGAAUCAAUCUCUCCUAUUUCAAUCUAAACAUCUUCAACGCGAACAAAAAUUACCGUAGUAGUGAAAUGCAAAUCCGCUCUGAAGUUAUUUCUGAUGAAAUAACAAAGAGACGAAUGCUGCAAUAAAUCAUUCACCUAAGCUAAAGUGUUAAGUGAUCGUGAUUAUCGGUUGUCAAGUUGAAUCAACCUUAUUAUCUUCGCCGUUAAUAAUUUCGGGAAACCCGCAUUUUGCCCCAUCAACUGGUCAAAGUCCAAAGUUCUUGUCAAAGGUUGUUUGUUGUCAACAUAUGAUUAUUAUUCGCGGGAAUUCCUGUUUUCCCGCUUUGAUACCAGGUGUGGACCCUAAACAUGCUUUUAGUUCAUUCACCCUCUUAAAUUGCUUCCAUCUGCCCCACACAAUCAUCCAUAACCUUUGAUCUUUUUCAAUGCCAGAUGUCGCUUCCAUCGGAGGGCUUCACUACUCAGCACCCUCUCUCUACAUGGAUAUCGUCGUUCUCAAAGUGAAGGAACUUGAAGGGAGUCAAAACCUG